AUGCAUUUCUCUAUCCUCAUUGACCAGACCGAGUACCCGAUCAUCCGAGCCACGACUCCGGCAGACUUGACCAGCGCCAAGUACGGCAUCAAGCCUUUCAGUAGCGCCCGUGGUUGGCGAGGGUUGCGGGCGAUGCGCCAUGCUGCGCAGCUGUGCAGAGGGCUCGCAGAGGCAGCACGCUCGCUCGAGCGGCCCUACGUCCCCAGACACGUGCCCCUGCCGUCGAGCAGCUACAGCGCAGCCGCACAAAGUCCCGCUUUGCCAAGUCCGCCGAGGCCAGAUGCGCUGGGAGGGAAAGGCGAGGCGGAACCGCAGCGUGCCGCAAACAUUGCUCAGCGGCUUGGACGAGGUCGCCUCCGAGAUUCUGUCAGCACAGGUUCAAGCAGCAGAAUCCACGACAGCCGCGCAAAGACAAGACAACCACCAAUAGCUCAGGCGUCCUUAGUACGCAAGUUCGAAGCCCCUUUGCAAGUCGACUCGAAUCGGUCUUGGACACAAAAGCGGCAAAAAGGUGUUCGCAAUUCCAGGGCAGUGGAUGUCAAGCAGAAGUGGCGAGAAGAUGGCAGAACGGGUACGAGGCCGGAAGGUGGCUCGAUCCUGCCAGCUUACGUCCAAGCGAAGCUCAAGCGGCUCAAGGCUGUCUACCCCUCGCUGAGCCAAGAGCAGGCUUUGCUGUUGUGGCGUACAUUCGAGCGCACCCGUACGUUCCGCACAUACCGUCCGCAAGCGCUCAUCUCCUGGUACGAAGAUCACGUCUGGACCAACGAACGGCAGACCGCCGACGCACCGCACAUCGAGUCGGCGGCGUCGCUAUGCAUGCUGCUGCGCUACGCUUACCUUCGCAACGAUCUGCGCUCGCUCCUGCGCGUCGAAGCGCGAGCUGUGCGCUCUGCUUGGCUCGCCAAAGACCGCCAUCGCACCACGGCGGCACCAGGAUCGACGAAGCAACUCGGCGGAAGCGAGGCGGAUGGGGUGGCGAUAUGGCCAGUGCACGACGAGGAUCCACGCCGGCUGGCGCAUAAUCUCAAACUCGCACUCGCGGCGCGCGACGGCGACUGGAUUAAGGUCGAGCAGCUGCUGGACGCACAUCGCGUCGCGCGGAACGGAGGUUCGUACCACGAGCUCGAUGCGGUCGGAUGGGGAAGCUUGCUGCGCUUCGGUCUAGGAAGUGUGGAGACGCUGCCCAAGCCGAUCGCCACUCCGCAGCCAGUUGAAGAGCCAGCUCCUUCUAAGGGUAGCGCGCGCAAGAAGCAGCCUCGAAAAGCGACCAUCGCCGAGGUCUCGGUCGAAACGAAAGAGCGCGUGGAGGAGCCAAACGAGGACGGUGACGAGAAGAGGCUGCAAGCGGAAGCUCGAGUAUCGUUGACCAAGCGACUCGUGCCGCAACUGUUGCGCCAAACGAGGGCGAGGCAGGAUGCGGCGGAUGAGGCGCCCGGAUGGUUGCUCGAGUCGGUGCUGACGCAGCUUUUGGAGCACGGCAAGUCGGAUGCUGUGCUGCGGAUCGUUCGUCUGGCGCUUGCCGAGACUGGGCCGCAGCAAGAUCCAUCGGUAAGGGGCGGUUCUACGGGUAUGCUCAACCUCGCGCUUGCCGCGUGUGUGCAAGACCGCAGAAUAACGCUAGCCGAAACGCUACGGGUGUUCAACAGCAUCACAGGCUCGAGCUUUGGUAGAAACCUCGCGGGUCGUUCAAAGCAGCCGGAGGGAAAAGGCGAGAUUGUUCCGAACGAAGAGUCGUUGGUGCUGGUGCUGAAGAAGGUGCGGCAUCCGCUGUUCAGGGCAUCGUGGAGUCGCAAGUUGUUGGACGAGUUUAUGCAGCGGUGGCCACAUGUCAGGCUCACAGGUCGAAGCUACCGGAUCGUUCUUGAUCUCUGUGCAACUGCCCCACCCAAGCCAACCCCCGAUUCGCACGCAAGGGAAGGAGGCGAGAGAAAGGUCCCAGUAUCGGAGUCAGCUCCAGGUCGGGCGCGGAAGGUGAUCGUCAAGGCAACGCUACUCGAACGUACACUGCUCGACAUCCUGACGCAAUUCGAAUCCAACCCUCGGACCUUCCACCGCACCACCACCAACCGUUUCCGCUUCAACUACACGCUCAUCAAUCUGCGCCGCAUCGUCAAACUCAAACUCGCUUCCAACCCGCAAUCCACCCAGCUGAAUCACAUCAUCCACCUCAUCCACCGCCUCCAACACAUCACUCGGAAACCCCCCACUCCCAAAUUCCCUGCCGACUAG